UCCGGUUGGGCUCGCAAGUGCUUGUGGGUAGUGAGAUUUUUGAAUAGGGAAGAUGGCAGCCGCGGCAGUGGUGGAGUUUCAGAGAGCUCAGUCUCUCAUCAGCACAGACAGAAACGCUUCUAUUGACAUUUUACAUUCAAUAGUGAGACGAGAUGUCCAGGAAGAUGAUGAAGAGGCGGUUCGUGUCAAGGAGCAGAGCAUCCUGGAGUUGGGCACUCUCCUGGCUAAGACGGGACAAGCUGCAGAGCUUGGUGGCCUGCUGAAAUUUGUAAGGCCUUUCCUGAUCUCCAUAAGCAAGGCAAAGGCAGCACGGUUGGUGCGCUCGCUCCUGGAUCUGUUUCUGGAUAUGGAGGCUGCCACGGGCCAGGAGGUUGAGCUGUGCCUGGAAUGCAUCGAAUGGGCUAAAGCUGAGAAAAGAACCUUCCUCAGACAAGCCCUAGAGGCUCGACUCAUUUCACUCUACUUUGACACAAAGAGAUAUCAGGAAGCCCUUCAGCUGGGUUCCCAGCUGCUACAGGAGCUGAAGAAGAUGGAUGAUAAAGCUCUGCUGGUGGAGGUUCAGCUGCUGGAGAGUAAAACCUACCAUGCUCUCAGCAACCUUCCCAAAGCCAGGGCUGCCCUCACCUCAGCCAGGACCACCGCCAAUGCCAUUUACUGUCCCCCAAAGCUCCAGGCAGCUCUUGAUAUGCAGUCAGGCAUCAUACAUGCAGCUGGGGAGAAAGAUUGGAAAACUGCCUACUCUUACUUCUUUGAGGCUUUUGAGGGCUACGACUCCAUCGACAGCCCCAGGGCAGUCACUUCACUGAAAUACAUGCUCCUCUGCAAGAUCAUGCUCAGCUUGCCAGAGGAGGUACAGGCCUUGAUCAGUGGCAAACUGGCUCUGCGAUAUGCAGGGCGACAGACCGAUGCACUGAGAUGUAUAGCACAAGCCAGCAAGAACAGGUCAUUAGCAGAUUUUGAAAAGGCCCUGACAGAGUACACUAAAGAGCUGAGGGACGACCCCAUCAUCAACACACAUUUGGCCAAGCUUUAUGACAAUUUGCUGGAACAGAAUCUCAUUCGUGUCAUCGAGCCCUUUUCCAGAGUACAGAUAACACACAUAUCAGGCCUCGUCAAACUUUCAAAGGAUGAUGUUGAGAGGAAACUGUCACAAAUGAUCCUGGACAAAAAGUUUCAUGGCAUUCUUGACCAAGGUGAAGGAGUGCUCAUCAUAUUCGAAGAGCCCCCUGUGGACAAGACUUAUGAGGCAGCUCUAGAAACCAUACAGAACAUGAGCAAAGUUGUGGAUUCACUGUACAACAAGGCUAAGAAGUUAACAUAGAAUAAACGUCAGAGGCGGCUGCUGCUGUGUGAAAUGGUUGUAUGCGUGUGAGUUUGCCCGUGUGUAUGUGUGUAUGGCCAACAUGUGGAACUUUUUUCUCACAGCAAAAAGGGACAACAUUGAGCAAGAUUUACUUGUUCCCCAGUUGAGAGUUUUUAAUGUUUCUUUUCUUUCAAAUGGACAAUUUCAUCUUUCUGAUCCUCUGAACUUUUUUUUUUUUCUUCUUUUCUGUAUCUCUCAACGGCCAACACAGGCCAUCAGGGAAUGUUGUACAACUAAAAUAAAAUCCUAAAAUGUCAUAUAGAACUGUAUAGCUCUUCUACAUUUAAAGUUUUUUAAUUACAGCAACUUUGUGAUACAGACUCUUGGGUUUUCGGUUAUCUGCGGUUCAUCGGUUGUUUGCAGUAGUGCAUAACUUUUUCCUUUUUUCCUCAAUUUAUGGAUGCACAUUCUAAAUGAUUGUUGUAGAUGAGAGAUUCAAAGGAACUUGGCUGUAAGGAAGAGGCUCUGUAAUAAGCACAGUUGCCAAUCAUAUUACCACACACACUAGAAAAUGAUUUUCUAAGUUC